CGCGCGCUGAGCUGCUGGGCUGACGGCGGGUCGUCGCCUUCUGCCGGACCCACGUCGCCUUCCUCCGGGUGCCGCGGAUGCGCCAGCUCAGGCAUAGACCCCCCUGGGUUGCCGGUCCGAGUCUCCUCAGCUCCUCAGCCGCUGCUGCGGUGCGGUAUGGACACUCCUCCGGGGUUGAGAACUGGAGAAUCCCUUGUCCUUCGCGCUGUCUCGCUUAACCUCCCCGCCCUGUUUAACAGGUGUGGAGACUAGGUCCUGAGAUGGGAAGGAUCACCGAAACGACCAGCUGGGGCUUCUGCUGUGCAUAGGUCCUAAAGGGGUCGGUCCUGACGGGCCGGGCUGGUGUCCCACUCGCUGCGAGAGCCCUGCUUGAGACUUGGCUGGUAGAGGGUCCUUGGGUCAUAGAAUACCACAACUGCUCGGACUCUGGGAAAUUAUCUUUUGCAACCCUCUUCUAGGAGUGGUGGGGAAAUAGAGGUCCAAGAAGGGGUAGGGGUUGCCUAAGGUCAUCCAGGGAGUUAGUCGCAGACCUGCGACUAGAAUUCUAGUCUCCCUGAGCUCCCGCUGCUGUUUGCUUUUCACCACACUGCCUCCAGCGGAAAACUUGACAGCUACCAUGUCCACGCAGAGACUUCGGAACGAGGACUACCGUGACUACAGCUCCACCGAUGUGAGCCCGGAGGAGAGCCCGUCCGAAACCCUGAACAACUUCUCUUCUUCAGGCUCCUACCAGCGGUUCGGGGAAAGCAACAGCACAACAUGGUUCCAGACCCUGAUCCACCUGUUAAAAGGCAACAUUGGCACAGGACUCUUGGGGCUGCCUCUGGCAGUGAAAAAUGCAGGCAUCUUGAUGGGUCCCCUCAGCCUGCUGGUGAUGGGCCUUGUGGCUGUGCACUGCAUGGGUAUCCUGGUGAAGUGUGCCCACCACUUCUGCCACAGACUGAACAAGCCCUUUGUGGACUACGGGGAUACGGUGAUGUACGGCCUGGAAGCCAGCCCCAGCUCCUGGCUCCGGAACCACGCGCACUGGGGAAGACACAUUGUGGACUUCUUCCUGAUCGUCACGCAGCUGGGAUUCUGCUGUGUCUAUUUUGUCUUUCUGGCUGACAACUUUAAACAGGUGAUAGAAGCAGCCAAUGUGACCACCAACAACUGCCACAGCAAUGAGACGGUGAUUCUGACACCCACCAUGGACUCGCGACUCUACAUGCUCACCUUCCUGCCCUUCCUGGUGCUGCUGGUAUUCAUCAGGAACCUCCGAGUGCUGUCCAUCUUCUCCCUGUUGGCGAACAUCUCCAUGCUGGUCAGCCUGGUCAUGAUCUACCAGUUCAUUGUUCAGGAGAUCCCAGACCCUACCCACCUCCCCUUGGUGGCAUCCUGGAAGACCUACCCUCUGUUCUUUGGCACAGCCAUUUUUGCGUUUGAAGGCAUUGGGAUGGUUCUGCCCCUUGAAAACAAAAUGAAGGAUCCCCGGAAAUUUUCACUCAUCCUCUAUGUGGGAAUGGCUAUUGUCACGGCCCUGUACAUCAGCCUGGGGAGUCUGGGGUACCUGCAAUUUGGAGCAAAUAUCCAAGGCAGCAUAACUCUCAACCUGCCCAACUGUUGGCUGUACCAGUCGGUUAAGCUGCUCUACUCCAUUGGCAUCUUCUUCACCUACGCCCUCCAGUUCUACGUCCCAGCCGAGAUCAUCGUCCCCUUCUUCGUGGCCCGUGUGCCCGAGCACUGUGAGCUGCUGAUAGACCUGUCCGUGCGCACCAUGCUGGUCUGCCUGACGUGCAUCUUGGCCAUCCUCAUCCCCCGCCUGGACCUGGUCAUCUCCCUGGUGGGCUCCGUGAGCAGCAGUGCCCUGGCCCUCAUCAUCCCGCCCCUCCUGGAGAUCGCCACCUACUACUCAGAGGGCAUGAGCCCCCUCACCAUCAUCAAGGACGCCCUGAUCAGCAUCCUGGGCUUCGUGGGCUUUGUGGUGGGGACGUGUGUGGCCAUCUACGAGCUGAUCCAGCCAAGCAACGCUCCCAUCUUCAUCAACUCCACCAGUGCCUUUGCAUAGCGGGCUCGGUGCAUUCCCUGCAUCAUCCCACGGCACCCUGUAUGUUCCCCAGCACCUGGCCCCAGAGCCUCAGGUAGGGUCCAGGUUCUGGGGAAAGGCCAGGCUGCCAUGCGGGAACCCCUCUACCUGGCACCAGGGUACCCUGGGCCAGGUAGGGUUGAGGGCAGCUGAAAGGGUGGACAGCAGCUCCGUGGGAGGUACCUCUUGUGGCAGUGCCAUCACUGUUUAUUUGUACUUAUUUUAACCCAGAACUUUUCAACUCUUUUCCCUGAUUGUGCCUCCUCCCUUACUACCUGCCUCUCUCCUAACCCCUCAGCCAAUUUAUUCCUGUUGCACAGCUCACUUUAUUUACAAUUUUUCAUGUCUCCAACUUCAUGUUUUCCCCUUUCCUGGGCCAGGCCUAGGUGAAGUAAGAGGGAAUGCCCCUCUUUACAAAGCCGGGCCUAUCUCUUAUCUCUCUCCCAAAUAUUUUACCUCAGUAUUCUCCUACUGAUUCAAGUCUCCACCUAGUAAUGGAGCCUACUUAGUAGUUUAAAACCAGCCCCCAACGCUGGAUUUUUUAGCCUUUGUUCUCUCUGGCUUGUUGUGACCCUGGACAAUACCUUCUCUUCUCCAAAUUCCUCAUGUGGGUCACAAUACUGUUUUCUUAGUCGCUCUAGCUCCUGGAAGACACCGUGUGCUGCCAAAAUGGAAAAUAUUUACAUCUUAUUUAAAAUUAGCUUCUGUUUUUAGACUCUGUCUCGAGAUCUGGGGUUACUGUGAAUUGUUCCUUUCUCAGUAAACCCUUCCUUAGCUUUUCCUGCUGAGAAGACCUUCCUCCAGGAGACGUCUGCUUAGGCCUUCAGCACCCUCUGCCGAGUACCCCAGGGGUUUUAAUCAGGAUCACCAAUGUGCGGACCUCCGUGGGGAGCCACGGACUCUGCCUCCCCACAGACCAGCCUGGUUUCCUCCUGGGAAAACACGAGGGACACAGGAGAUGCUGACACACGAGGCCGAGGGGAAGGAUGGCCACAUUGGGUGUGUUUCUUCCCACAGGAGACUUAUGAAAUGGUUGUUUUGUGCGUUCAGGCCUGUUUUCCCUGCCUCAGCCCUUGACACACAAACAGGAUGGCUGCAUCCGGUUGCCCUCAUGCUGGGAAGACCUCCAGACUCCUGCCGUGGAGAAGAUAAGGCCAGUGUGCAUCCAACACUAAGAGUGUUGCUCGGUUGUUUACAAUUCCUGGAGGGUGGGGUGGAAACAGUGCCCCGCCUCCGGCUGCCUCCAGGACCUGGAUUUCUAAAGGAACCACUUGGUUGGGUGGGACUUCGGUCUCCUGUGUUCUGAACACUAAUGGUGCCCUUAUUCUUCCCUUCCCGCUCACCCCGCCCCCCCCCCC